UCAGAAUCUUUCAGUUCUCACUGAAGCCAGCUCACCCUUUCUCUACCAUGAAGGUUUCUGCCAUGCUUCUGUGCCUGCUGCUCACAGCUGCUGCCUUCAGCAUCCACAUACAGGCCCAGCCAGAUGGGAUCAAUUCACCCACAUGCUGCUAUGUCAAGAAACAAAAGAUACCCACGAAGAAUCUUGAGAGCUACAAAAAGAUCACCAGCAGUCACUGUCCCUGGGAAGCUGUGAUCUUCAAGACCAAGAGGGGUAUAGAAGUCUGUGCUGAAGCCCAUCAGCAGUGGGUCCAGGAUGCCAUGAUGUACUUGGACAGGAAAACCCAAACUCCAAAGCCUUGAAGACUCAUGCCUGAACAGGAACCAACCCAGGAGACAAGAAACAAACAAACAAACAAAAAUCUGCACCCUUGUCUUUUCUGAGAACUGUGCUGAAAUGGACUGAUUAUAUAUUUGAGGGCUAGAAGCUGUCUGAGGGAAUGUGAAGCAAUCACACUUAAGGAAUUAUCUCUAAGUCAUUAAUAUUUUUAUUUAAUUUGCUAUGCACUUUGGUGUGAUUUGAAUGUAAAGUGAUGGAUGCCUCCCAUCACUUCAAUGUUGUUUUAACUGCAGAAUGCUUUUGCCCAUUUACUUUGCUCCAGUAUUGUGAAGGGGCUUUGCAAGAAUCAGCACACAGAUUUUAUUUCAAAACAUUUUAGGAUAAAAUUAUGAUGUAAUGAUA